UCUGAAAACAAGCAAUUGCCGGUGGUCUUUGCCCAUGGGAUGGGAGAUUCGUGCUUUAAUUCUGGCAUGCAACACGUUGCGCAGCUGGCCUCCGAAUGGCUCAGUGAGGACUUUGGUCCGGACAGAUCGAAUGUGUAUAGCGUAUGCGUUCCGACCGGUGCGACUCAAGCAGAAGAUACCAAGAACGGUUACUUUCUGAGCAUGGAUGCUUCGGUGGAAGUCUUUGCGGAAGGUGUUAGGGCGGACCCACGACUGAGCGAUGGCUUUCACGCCAUUGGGUUUUCGCAGGGCAACAACGUCAUUCGGGGCUACAUUGCCAAACAUAACACGCCUACCGUUGACACAUUUAUAUCCAUCAAUGGGGUGAACGCAGGGAUCGGUGCUGUGCCGUAUUGUCGUCCUAGUGAAACUGCCAUGGGUGCUGUGCGACUGGGUGGAAUGUGCGAUUUACUCAUGGAACAGGCCUCGCGGAGUGCCUACACUGAAUUUGCACAAGAGCAUUCCUUUCAAGCCAACUACUGGCGCGAUCCACGGCCAACUGCCUUUCCGCUCUACCAAAAGUACGGACAGCUCGCUGCUUGGAAUAACGAAGCGGGACUAGUGAACGAAACUCUGAAAACGAACUGGGGUAAGACCUCCGCUUUCGUGUGGGUGUUGGCCACCGAAGAUGGAUUGGUGUGGCCCAAAGAAGGAGAGCAAUGGGGGCAGCCGGAUUCGAAAGAUCCUUUUCAUGUGAUCUUAUCCAUAAACGAAACGACCUGGUACAAAGAGGACUUGUUUGGCCUCCGAACUGCAAAUGAAUUGGGAAAGAAUUAUUUCGAAUCGUUCGAGGGGGACCAUUUGCAGUUUGAAUCUGCCGAUCUGGAACGAUGGGUAAAGACCUACCUCAAGAACUAG